UGAUGAUGACGCACUCAGGCUCAGGCUGGUUUUGUUUGAGUGGGCGGGUCAAAGCGUUUUAACUGAAGGCUCCGGUCAGAGGUGAGGUGUUUACUGCUUUCGGUCCGAGUUCACUACACCGUCACUCCCAACUUCACUUCUGAACUUUGAAGAACACUUUAGACCAUGUCGAGUGUGAAUAAUUGUGGUAGAGCAGGUGGAGAAGACCAAGUGGAUGCCAAGAAGAUCGACUCCACAAAGGUGACUUUUCACAGUGAAACUAUUCAUGCCAAAGCAUACACAGUAUCUGACUCAGAUGCAUACCGUAUGGACUUCCCCAAACUUGGAAAAUGUGUUAUCAUCAACAACAAAAAUUUUGCGAAACAUACAGGCAUGAACGAACGCAAUGGGACCGACGUUGAUGCUGGGAAUAUAAUAAAAGUCUUCUCUGAGCUGGGCUUCAAGACUGUGAACCACAAUGACCAAACUGUUUCACAGAUGCGAGAGCUUUUAACAUCAGUAUCCAGAGAAGACCACAGCAUGUCAGCCAUGUUUGUGUGUGUGAUUCUAAGUCAUGGGGAUGAAGGAGUGAUCUACGGCACUGAUGGAAGCCUGCAGUUGACAGAACUGACAGGACUCUUUCGAGGGGAUCGGUGUCACUCACUGGUUGGCAAACCUAAACUUUUCAUUAUUCAGGCUUGUCGUGGAACAGAUUUGGAUCCUGGUAUUGAAACAGACAGUGUUAGUGAUUCAGAGUCCACACACAGGAUUCCUGUUGAAGCAGACUUCUUGUAUGCAUACUCUACUGCUCCAGGUUAUUAUGCUUGGAGAAACACAGCCAAUGGCUCUUGGUUUAUAUCCAGCCUUUGUGAAAUGCUGAGUAAGUAUGGCAGGGAGCUGGAGAUUAUGCAGCUCAUGACACGUGUAAACCGCAAGGUGGCGCUGGAGUUCCAGUCUAGCUCCACCACUCCUGGAUUCAGUGACAAAAAACAAAUACCAUGCAUCGUGUCCAUGUUGACCAAAGAUCUGUACUUUCCAAAGUGAUUCUUUUUCCAAAUUAAGUUAAUAAAAUCUCUUUUGAUGAAAUAUUUUUGUUAUAGUAAUGUGGUUGAAUUACUAUGCAGCAUCUGCAGCAACAAAAUGUAAUUCCAGAAGCAUAACCAUUUACAAGCACAUUUUUGUAUGUUUUGUGUAAUAAAAAUUGUUAAACUGUGUUCUGUACCAUGUAACAUGUUAUAAUUUAACAACAGAGAUGUUUACAUUGGCAAUAAAGACAUGAAGUAAAACAUAGCUUUGGUUUAAUAGGUUUAACCCCUCAUGUGAAUACACUGCACUAACAUUAAUAUUUCCCCCAACAGCAUUUUUUGCAAGGCAACCCCUAUAUGAACUUGUGUUCCACAACUCACAUUUCCUGUUAUUUUCCAAAUGAUUUAAUGUGUCCUUACUGUUUCUUUCUAAAUAAUAUUUUUUUUAUAAUCAUCACCAUCAUCAUAAUAAUGUCUAAUUGUCAAGUUCUCUUUCAAUUGGUAAAUCAAAUGGUGGAAGCACAAUAGUCAAAUAUGUGCAACUGUGUAUUAUAGAGUAAUUACAUAAUAUUUUUAUUCAUACUUUCAUAAUCAGAUUUCACUAUCCCUUACACAAUCUCAUUGCGGUAAAGAGCACAAUAUUUUUUGUUUUUAAACAGAAUGGAAAGCAGAACUGGUCCAACAUCACACUUAAGAUUCACAUUCGUUUUACAUUCAACAUUACAUUCUUUUUCAUUUCUUUAAACAAGUAUCAGUGUGCUCAUUUUACUGCCUAAAUAGUACUCUGACAAUGUAUCACAGUUGCUUAUUACUCUGUUUAAGUGUUUCUGUGGUUACUUUGUAUCCCAAGUUGGUUCUCGAUAUACAUUGUUGCAUCUUGAUAUGCUUCAGUUUAUUUGUUCAAAUGUAUAGAUUUAGUUUUUAUAUUUAAUCAUUUUUAAGCAGAUUUAUUUUGUUAUGACCUAUUUACGACCUAGUAUAAAACUAAUAAGUUAAAUAAGAUGAUAUUGUAUACUAAUAAAAUAUAUUGUUAUUAAUUUUU